AACCCCUGUCACGCGGUGUGGCCAACCAUAUACAAUGACACGAACCCGUCAUCAGCACGAUGAAUCGACCCACUUUUCUUUUUCUCUCUCUCUUUUUUUUUUUAUUUUUUUAUUUUUUUAUUUUUUAUCAAUUUACCAAAAAAUUUGUAAAUCAUUUUUAAGCUUGUGCUAAGUACCACUAACACGACAUGUGGGCGUACACGACAUAUGACCGGUGCCCAUAUUUACAUGAAGAAUCGAAGAUUAUACUCUCGCCGAACACUCUCUCAAGUCUCACACUUCUUGCUCUGUCUCUGCUUUCUUCAAUUCGAAGCUAAUUAAUCAAAUUUAAUUAUUCUGAUUAUAUAAUAAUUGAAAUUUGAUGGAGGGUGGGAAUUGACAAAUCAGGAAAUGGGCGAUUGUGGGAUGGAAGAUUACAAGAAUCGUGUCGACGUAGUGUUGUCACAUGUCAAUAGGAUAGAGCAAAAAGUUCAUGAGAUUGAGCAAUUCUACUUUAACAGCAGUAAAAAGCAAGCUAACAGCUCGAAAGGUGGCUUGGCUUCCAGAGACAAAGACAAGGAUAAAGAGAGGCAUGUUGCUCUCACAAAAAAGCAGCAGCAGGAUGCAACAAGCAAGGAAACAGAUGCCACAAAGAGAAUGCAGGAGCUGAUAUGUCAUUUUGGCAAAAUAUUACAUGAGAUCACUAAACACCCGUGCGCAUGGCCUUUUAUGGAGCCUGUAGAUGUUAAAGGCCUUGGUUUGGAUGAUUACUAUGAGAUUAUUGAAAAACCUAUGGAUUUCAGUACGAUAAAGAAACAAAUGGAAGCUAAGGACGGUAGUGGCUAUAGACAUGUACGGGAGAUAUGUGCAGAUGUGAGGUUGGUUUUCAAGAAUGCAAUGAAAUAUAAUGGUGAAAAGAAUGAAUACCAUGUCAUGGCAAAAACUUUGCUGGCAAAGUUUGAAGAAAAGUGGCUACAAUUUUUGCCUAAAGUUGCAGAAGAGGAAAAAAGGCGAGAAGAAGAGGAAGCUCAUGUACAGCUUAGUCUGCAGCUAGCUCGAGAGGCUACUUAUGCCAAAAUGGCAAGGGAUGUCAGCAAUGAGCUUUUCGAGGCAGACUUUCACCUUGAUGGUCUUAGGGAACAGCUGGUUCAAAAGUGCAGGAAAAUGUCAACCGAAGAAAAAAGGCUGCUUGGCACAGCUCUCACAAGGCUAUCCACUGAUGAUCUCAGUAGAGCUCUAGAGAUUGUUUCCCAGAGCAAUCCUGGGUUUUUAGCAAAUGCUGAGGAGGUGGACCUUGAUAUUGAUGCUCAGAGUGAAUCCACACUAUGGAGGCUAAAAUUCUUUGUAAGAGACGCGCUGCAAUCUCAAGGCAGCUUGGGUGGCAACAACAAUAACGACAACAAUGAAAACAAUAACAACAAUGUCAAUAGUAUUAAUAAUAACAAUUCAAAACGAAGAAGGGAGACCUGUGAUGCCCUUGCCAAGACUGCCAAAAAGCGUAAAAAGGUAGCAUCGUGAUUGUUAGAAUAAUGUCCAAUAGAUGAACUAUGGUCUAUAUGAUCUGCAACUGUAUAGUACUAUCUUGAAGGAAAUAUGAUUACUGUUUUCUUUAUAUAAUAUUUUAAAAUAAUUAUUAUUCCCUC